GCCGCUGGAGCUAACGAGCUUCCUGUAAGCGCACGAGCGCUGUUUCUCAUAACAAAGAUCAACAGUGCUUUUUAUUUUUAACGACUUUAAACAGCAUUUCUGUAGCUUUGUUUUGGAAACUGUGCGAUAUUAAAAGUUUGUCAGAGCCAUGUUUAAGGAUCGCCUAUGUGUCUGAAAAAGGGAAACAUUUGUGAUACAAUCUUCUGAAGCUGAGUGUCCAGUGUCAUGAAACUUAAUCCACGUCAGGCUCCGUUAUAUGGCAGUUGUGUGCUCACCGUUCAGCUCGGCGAUGGCGAGCUGUGUGAGAGAGAGGAUGCCGAGUUCUUCCUGAUCUUCACCGGAUCGACUCAGAGGCAUGUCAGCAGCACACUGAGGAUCAGCCAUGACACCCUACAGCUGGUGUGUCCAGCCCAUGACCGCUGCGAGUCGGUGGUGGUCAGUCUGUAUUCUGGGAGUUCGGAUGGGCUUGUUCAUCACCCGUCCUCAGAGCAGAUGUGUUUUGUCCAGGACUUGGCCUUGGACAUGGCUCAGUUCCUGUUGGGCACAGUUGGUGAAGUCAAAGGGACGGAGGGCGCACUUCUGCUGAACGAGUGUCAUAUCCCUCUGCAGGAGUGUGAGAAACUGGACCAAAGUCUGGCGCUCGCCAUCAAACAUCUCACGCUGCCUCCUGACUGGAGUCUUUUAGGGGAUAGUAAUGCUCUGGAGCCUCAGGAGACGCUACUGCACUUUGCGGCUCGUCGAGGGCUCCAGCGAGUGGCCUCCUUCCUCCUGAAGCAGCCCGGAGCGAGACAGGCACUGGCGCUUCCCAACAGAGAAGGCGUGACCCCGGCUACCCUGGCACAGGGUUGUGGACACAGUGCGAUGCUAGAGCUACUUACACAGGAGGAGACAAGCACUCAGGAUAGCACAGAGACAUGUAAACGGCACUGCUCUGGUGCCUAUGUGGUACAGCACCACCCGGAUCUGAACACCUACACCCUGUCAGUGGUCACCGAGCAGGGCACAACGCCACCCAGCCUGCUCAAGGACGUGCAAGACUUACGCCACGUGAUUCUACAAAACACAACCCAGGUUGAGCUACCACAGAUCGGGCAAGAACGUGCAGACGAACCGGAGGCCUGUUACGAACACCCACGGUACAACUCGGUCAACACCGCAGAGGAAGAGUUCAUGCCUGAUCGUGAGAAAAGAAAUGAAAACAAUCAUCCAGGUCCACUCCAGUGCCAAGAAGCUGAAGGAGGUCGUUGUUUAAGCGCAGAAGCUUCUGCGUCUAUCUCAGACAACGGCAACAGUGACGAGGAACGGGCUUGCUCUUGUGAAAACAUCGACCGAGAUUAUGGAGCACAAGUAGAGAGCGUAGCUGCUGGCAUACAACGAGAUAGCAGUGACAGCUUACAGAGCAGCUCUGAGGGAGAAAGUGCAGCCCCAUCCUGUGGAAAGGAGCAAGAGGAAACUGAUAGAGCUCACGGUCUGAUCUGUGAGGCACAGCAGAGUGCAAAGGGGCCUGGAAGGGAGGUCCGGGAAGAGGGGUGCAGCUUGGUGAGAGCAGAUGAAGACCAGCAUAUAGAGCUAUCAGAGUCAGCAGCAGGAGAUAUGGGAAUCACUCAAUCUGUAGACACACCUGAAUGUUCUGACCUGGAAUCUUGUUCCCAGGGAGAAGAAAGCAGGGAUAGUGAGAGUGAGGUGGGGAAUAAGAACUUCGAAACUCCUUUGGAGCAGGAGGAGACGGAGGGAAUAAAAAAGACUUUAGCAACGGAGCAGUCGUGGAAUGACGAGCAAGAAUCAAACGAGGCUGAUUUACAAUCGGCAAGUCCAUUUGUUUCAGCAGACAUGAUACAUCCAGUGGAUGACAAGCAUGAAAUAAAUGCCAGUCAGACACUUGACAGCUAUGAACUAGGAACCAAAGAAAAGGAAAGCACUGAAAAAGACAAUACUGACGCACAGGAAGAAGAUACCCCUGAUAGUUCUUGUCAUGACGCCGAAACAGAAAGUAGUCCUGAACAAUUUGAGACAACGUUCCAUCACAACGAGGGAUCUGACAUCACUCCAGAUGAAACAUGUCAAAAGAACGAUAUGGUUGAAGAGCUUCAAGCACUCUUAGGUGCAGAGACUAAUCCGUGCAGUUCAGGUUUUGAACUUGCUGAUUCAUUUUCUGUGACAACUGAUAUUAUUUCCCACAACAGCGCUGACUUACCUGAGCCAGAACCAGACACAGACAACAGGGAAGCAGACUCAACAGUCAUAAGUGAAACAACAGCAGGAAGUGAGAGUGAAGGACAAACUUUGGAAUGCAGCACUGACGUCUCGCUGGCUACGCUUGGCUCACAGCCUGAAUCUUCCACACCAUCCAGCGAUGACGCUUUAGAACCUGAGGAAACUGAGUUGGUUUCCGCAAACAUGGUACAAAGAGUUUCUGCCAGUGACCCGCAGGAAGUCUCACAGCAAAACAGCCUCACACUCGAACGCAAGCCUAAUCAGAUCUCAGAAUGGACAGAAGACAGUGAGGAGAGAAAUUCGUUAAAGACCAAUGACCGGACAGAAGAAAACUCAUCAAAAAUUGGAGAUGGACCCCCAGAAACAAGUGACGUUCUUUGUCUGAGGAAUAGUGAAGUUAAUGACCAAGAAGACAGAGCUACUUCUCCAAACUCUCUAGUUUCAGAAGAAACCGUGGAAUCAAGAACUACUGAAGGCAGACUCAUAAUUAUCAAGGAAGACAUCCAGCCUUGUUUUGACCACAAUGAGUCUGUGCUUUGUCAUUUCUCUACCGCAAGCCCAGCUGAUACCGUAGAUGGUUCACUUUCACCCGAUGAGUCGUCGAGACACAGAAAUGAGGACGGCACUGAACCUGAAGUAGUGCACACAGAUUCUGCGGUUAAAGAGUGGACUGAGACGAAAGAGACAAAGGAAGUUGAGCACAAAGAGGAAGUCGAUGGACAAAUCAAAGCUCACCGGGAAGAGCUAAGCGUUUCCCUGGACGUUCAGGUGGACUUGCAAACCGAGACGUGUCUACGAGGGGUGAACACAGUAUCUAUGAUUCACAGAGAAGGGCACUCGUUGUGUCUUGACAGCUCUACACACAGCAGGACUCUAGAAAAGAGACACAGCUCCGCGUCCACCGAGAGUCCUCGUUCUCCAGCUCGACACAGUACAGGCAGCACAACCCUCCGAGAUUCAGGCAGUGACACAGAUGGCUUCAUCAGCACUGAUACGGGAGAUGACAGCGUCUUCAGAAAGGGCCAGGAGGUUCUAGGCGUGAGCGACAGUGCCAGCGAGGUGUCCGUCUCUUGCUCGUCCACAGACGACACAGCCAGCCUGUGCCACCCGAGUUCCUCCGCCGAGAGCUCAGAGGAAGUACGGCGUCGAGGAGCAGGCGCAGGAGGAGGAGACACAGAGGAGGAGGCCAAAGACCACGUGACCGAAGUGCCGCCGCAUUCAGCUCUGCUCCGCUCUUCCGUCCGCUCACAGUCUCCGUUCCGUCGUCAUAGCUGGGGGCCGGGCAAAAACCAGGCUGGAACGGGAGACAUGAAUCAGCGCAGUUCUUUACGAAGUACCGGGGACCGAAAGCCCAUCUUUCAUAGAAGAAGUCUUAGCUGGUGUCCCAUUGAGAUCCCCUUCAGUUCUAACCUGGAUGAGAUUAGCCAGCUUCUCAGUUACAGUUUAGAGGGUCUGGCAGCAGAGAGGGAUGAUGGGAAACGAUGGCAGGUGCAGGGAGCAUGUUCCUCUCAGGACCAGCAGAGCGAAGACACAGGCUCCCAGGUGUCUCUCACUGAGGAAGGGCAGGACUCAGACCUGGGAGACAGCAGCAGUCUGGACAGUCAGAAAUCGAGAAGAUAUCGUCCCUUCAGACGCAGCUGUAAGUCUAUGACUCUUCCCCUCCGAGAGAGUGUCUCCAUGUUGUCCAUCAGUCAGAGGGACAUUGAUGCUAUGAGAUCCUGUGGUAGCACUGCAAAUUCACUGGCCUACAGUAUCACAGAAGAGGAGCCUGGCCCUUUAAGAGGGGACUUUGAUGGGAAAAGUGAGAACAAAGUGAGCCGCACGUUCAGUUACCUGAAGAGUAAAAUGUACAAAAAGUCUAGGGAAAAAGACAAAGAGAAGAGUCGGGAGAAAGAGAGAGAAGCCAGAGAAAAGGAAAAGAAGGCUGUGAACGGGCAUUUGUUCAGCUCUGUGAGCUUGGGCCAUGCAGCAUUUUGCCAGCACUGUAACAAAACCCUCAACUUUAAAGACACUGUCAGUUGUAUGGCUUGCAGUGUGUGUGUUCACAAGAGCUGCCGGGACAGCAUUCCUGUGUGUACCAAAGGAAAGCUUCCGAAACAGCCCCAGAUUGUAAUACAGGAGUCAACCACCAUGCCUGGAGUCACUUUAAGAACAAAAUCCUCUGCCACUCGUGAAAGGCCCUGGUCAGCCAUUUUGUCUCCAGAUGACCACGGCUCUUUGAUGGCUGUUCCCCGGAGACACACAAGCAUCAUGCCUUUCAAUAGCAGCAACCUGUCCAAAAGCAUGUCCAUCAGCAACAUUGCAGUAUUUGAUGAAAUGCCAUUAAGGAGUCUGAGAUAUUUAUCCCAGUCCACGGACAAUUUGCACAAAGCCAACAAGGUCAACGAGUCCACCGAGUCUCUGAUAGAUGAAGGAACAGAGAUUGAUGGACAGCUGAUGGGAGAGUUCGAAGCAGAUGCCAAAGAGUUGGAAGCUGACUCGUGGAGCAUUACAGCAGACAAGAAAUACCUGAAGCAACUGAAAAAGGACGUCGUCAAGCAGCAGGAUGUCAUUUACGAGCUGAUUCAGACAGAGAUGCACCAUGUGCGUACACUGCGGAUCAUGGCGGACGUGUACAGCAAAGGGCUGCUGAAAGAGGUGCAGCUGGAAGCCCAGACGGUGGACAAAGUCUUCCCUGUUCUAGAUGAUCUACUGGAGAUGCACACACUAUUCUUCAGCAGCCUGCUUGAGAGGAGGAGAGAGGCCAAGCAGGAGGGCAAAAAUGGAGCCUUCAUUGUCUGCAGGAUUGGGGAUAUACUGGUCAACCAGUUUUCUGGCUCCAAUGCUGAAAGCAUGAAGAAGGUUUACGGGAAGUUCUGUAGCCGUCACAACGAAGCAGUGAACUUGUACAAGGAGCUACACGCCAAAGACAAACGCUUCCAGACUUUUAUCAGGAAAAAGAUGAGCAGCAGUAUCGUUCGUCGACUGGGGAUCCCUGAGUGCAUCUUGCUAGUCACUCAGCGAUUAACAAAAUACCCGGUCCUGCUGCAAAGGAUCCUGCAGCACACUAAAGAGAACGAAGAGGACUAUGAGGAUCUCACACAGGCUCUGCAACUCAUCAAAGACAUCAUAGCUGCUGUGGACAACAAGGUGAAUGAGCAUGAGAAGAAGAAGAAGCUCGAGGAGAUCUAUAACCGGACAGACGGCAGGACCAUCACGCGCAUGAAAAGCGGUCAGAUGUUUGCUCGAGAAGAUUUGAGACGAGGAAGGAAGCUCCUUCAUGAAGGGCCUCUCCAACUGAAAACCAUGGCAGGAAGACUGAAGGAUGUACAAGCCUUGCUUCUCACUGACGUCUUAAUAUUCCUGCAAGAAAAGGACCAGAAAUACAUCUUCGCUUCUCUAGACCAACGCGCCACCGUUAUCCCUCUACAGAAGCUAAUCGUCAGGGAGGUGGCUAACGAGGACCGGGGCUUCUUCAUCAUCGCAGCAGGCAUUGAGCGGCCAGAGAUGGUGGAAGUUCAUGCCACUUCAAGAGACGAGCGCAACACGUGGAUGCAGUUCAUUCAGAAUGCUAUGCAGUCUAAAGAAAAGGACGAUGAUGAGGGCAUCCCAAGCGAGACAGAGGAAGACAAAAAGAUGCUGGAGUCCAAAGCGAAAGAGAUGAGAGCCAUGCUUCAGAGAAAGGAUGAUCAGAUCCUGGCUCUCCUGAACGAGAAGAUGAAGCUCUUUCAUGACAUGGGUGGCUCGGGAUCACGUGAAGACGCAGCCUCGGUCAUCAGGAUGCUGUUCAGGGCCUGCAGUGAUGACAUGCCCAGAGGAGAGAAUAUCAUGAAGGAUGCAAUUAGAGAAGUGGAGAUGUUACAGACGCUGGUCCACAGCGGUCUGGGAGGAGCUGUGAGCCAGCAGGGGGCCACUGAUCCCGGAAACACAGCUUCAGUGCUUCUGCCUCGUAGAUCUGAGACCUUUGGAGGCUUCGACAGCCACCAGAUAAACAGCUCCAAACAUGGAGAUAAAGAGGAGGUGGAUGAUCUGAGGAGGACAGAAUCUGACAGCGUUCUAAAAAAGGGGGGAAACUCCAACCUGCUGCUCACGUUGAAGAGGAACAGAGAGCAGAUCCUGAGCAGUGUUACACAUCUCCAUGAGCUCCUGAGUUCACUGCAGGCCGUGGUGGUUCAGCAAGACACAGUCCUGGAGGAACAGCGUCAGGCUCUAAGCGAGCGUCCUUCGUCACGUCCCUCGUCUCGGCCUCCAUCUCUAGUGGAGCAGGAGAAGCACCGAAGUGCGGAGCGCCAGCGCCAGGAAGCAGCUGCUCACGCUGAGGACAGGAAGCGCAGGGAAAAGGAGUGGGAGGCACGAGACAAAGAACUGAGCAGCCGAGAGCAGUUCCUCAGCACCACAGAGGAGGAGGCACAGAAAAGGCGCUCCGAACUAGAGGAGGCUCAACAGGAGCUGCAGCGCAGGAAAGAGGACUACCAGAAAGACCUGGAAAGACUGAGGGACUCACAGCGGAGGCUGGAGAGAGAGAAGGAGCAGACGCAGAGAGAGAUAGAGAUGUUGGAGCAGCUCAAGGAGACAGAGAAGAGGGUGAACAGGACUCUCUCAAGCACCUCAGAGGACUCAUUAAACAUUCAGAGCAGCAGCUCCGUGGAACAAGAGGUGAAGCAAGAGAAGGACGAAGGCGAGCAGUCCACCAGCCCCAGAAAGAAUUCUCUCUCCAGAAUGGACUCCAGGCAGAAAGGCCGAAACCUCAACGCCUUCAAUCCAUUCGCUCCUAAAGCCGUGAGCGCAGAGAGCCAGAAACAGAUCCCCAACCGCCUCCUGCAGCUCACCAGGCCCAAAGACAAGAAAGACAAGAAGAAGAAGAAAAGCAAGAACAAGUCCACACAGGAAGCAGAAUCCCAUCUGCUGCCCCUGACUGAGCCUCCGCUGGAUGGAGAUAUUUUUUUCUGCUGAUUUGGCCUUCGCUACCUAUCAACUCAUAAUUCCCUCAUUCUCUAAGCUAUCUGCACCGGCUGAAUGUAUAACUCAGUGCAGGAUGCUGCCAAAGUGCCUGCGCUGUGUCUCUGGCACGCUCCGCCAUGCUAAUUGGGCUGAAUUCGCCCUAAAAUAUUUUUACGUCCUGCAUAUGUGGCGCGUACACAUGGGACAUGUUUCUGUAUGUGCAAUUCACAGAGUGAUGCUCACUUCUGAAUGUUACACACUCAAAUGGACUUCAUCAGUCUGACCUCAAUACGCAUAAUGCCCCAGAAAUCUUUUUUUUUUUUUUUUUUUAUAUUGGAAGACAAAAUAUAAAAAAGGAUUAAAAAAGUCUGUCUUUUAUUAUUGAGAGAAGUGGAUAAUAACACCAAUAUGUUGACGAAACAAGGCUCUACAAUAAUUUGAGAACUUCUCUCUGAGAUUUUUGUUCUAUCAGGCACUUUAUAGACCUCCAGGAAAACAGUGACAAUCAGACAGACGAUUACAGACAUCGCUGGUGGUGUGGUUAUAAACACCACUUAUAUACUGUACGUAUACAUCAUUACGUUUCACAACUUGCGUGUGAUUAUAAAUACUGUGGAGCAUCAGACGGAUUUCUUUUAAAACAGGGCUUAAAUGAGUAAAACUGUAAAUAUUGUAGAAAUCAGAAAUAAAAUGACCUGCUGGACAGGGAGUGUGUGUGUGCGCACAGAAAAUGCAACACACUAAAAACUGCCGCAACUACGCAUUCACACCAGUUAAGCAUAGAGCCUAACAAUCGUAACCACUUUCAUUCACUUAAUGUUUUUUUUUUUUGGAAUAAUACCCUGAGAUGUUCACUCAGUCACAUUACAGUCAAAGGUGUAAUUGUACAGCUUUUGUAGUCUUUGACAGAAUCUAUUCAUUAGACGUCCCACUUUGACUUGAAUUGUGCAUCCCAAGCAUUUCAAGUGUUACAGCUAGCACUCGCUUGCACUGAACGGCUCGACCCAGCAGUAAGGGACAGAGAGUACUUUGUUGUUUAUCGUUAAGAGAAGUCAUUGUACCUACAUAUCUGUGUUUAUGUCACCCUAAACCCUGAGGUCAUCAGAUAUUACACUCUAAUGAGAGAAAAUGGUCCUUACACACAAAAAGGGAAUGAAAUAUUUUUCCUCUAUGGCCUUAAAAAAUCGAGGAUGUCUGGAGUUUUGGUCCUGGCUACGCUUUUUUUUUUGUAUGUUUGCAUAUACUAAACAGGGCAAGAUAAAAUCAGGCAAAGUAUUUAUAACUGCUCCUAAAAGUGUGUAGCUUAAACAAAUUAUUGAUAUGAAAUGCACUAAUACACAAUGCAGCGUUUUCUCAGGAGUGCAAAAAAAAAAUAAAAGGAAGAAAUAUUCAGUACUUAAAGGUACAGUAUUGUUUUCUUGCUGAAUUAUCAGAAAUAAGGGACAGAAAUAAGACUGUAAAUAUUUUGUGAAUGAUAGCAACUGUAUAAGAAAAGACCAUAUGUGUGUCUAAUUUGUAGCUGAUUUCACUAUUUUGUAAGAAGACUUUAUUUAUCAUUGACCUUUUCGAGGCAAAAAUGUAAUAUUGGCCUCAAAAUAAUAAAAAGAAAUGUUUAAA